AUGGCCCAGCAGCUCACUAAGAUGAAAGAAUCGGAGGCUGCCAUGGGCUGUGGCAAAAGUUGCCUGGAACGCUACAGAGACAACGGGAAAAACGAAAAGCAAUCAAAAGCCCCUAAGGACUCUACUGUAAUGGCCUUGGAGUCCAAAAAGCAGCCGGAGGUGCUCCCUGAUCGCUUCUUCACCUCUCCGCCACUCUACAACUGUAGAUUCGGGAAGAAAAGAGUGUCUCUGGGCAGGUCCUCAGAUUUACGUCUGCGAAGAAAUCUCAGCUUUUCCGAGGACUCUGACCUCUCCUGUGAUGAUGUUCUGGAAAGAUCUUCUCAGAAGUCCAAGGCUGAUUCUGUUUAUGUUCCUCAUGCAUUGGCGUUCAAGAGAUCGUAUGCUACAAAGAAGACGUACACAGAGGAGGAACUCAACGCCAAGCUGACGAGGAGGGUGCAGAGAGCGGCACGGAGGCAAGCCAAACAAGAAGAGCUCAAGAGGCUCCACCGAGCCCAGAUCAUUCAGAGACAGCUGGAGCAGGUGGAGGAGAAACAGAGACAGUUAGAAGAGCGAGGUGUCGCGGUGGAGAAAGCUCUGCGAGGGGAAGCAGUUGAGCCCUAUGUCGAGACCCCUCGCCGAAGAGUCCUGUACCUCUGCCCCUGCUGUGCCCCUGAAGGAAUGGGUAAAAAGGAGGAUCCGAAGCUGAUGCAGGAAUGGUUUAAACUGGUGCAGGAGAAGAACGCUUUGGUGCGCUAUGAAUCAGAGCUGAUGAUAUUUGCUCGUGAGUUAGAGUUGGAGGACAGACAGAGUCGAAUGCAGCAGGAUCUGAGAGAGCGCAUGGCGGUGGAAGACCAUCUAAAGACCGAGGAGGAGCUGGCAGAAGAGAAGCAGAUCUUGAAUGAGAUGUUGGAGGUGGUGGAGCAGAGAGAUUCUCUGGUGGCGCUGCUGGAGGAACAGAGACUGCGGGAGGAGGAGGAGGAUAAAGACCUGGAGGCCGUGAUGCUUUCCAGGGGUUUCAACCUGAACUGGGCUUAACUAAACAAUGACAGUACAUCCUUCUCUUCCAGGUCACGGGUCGCACCAGUUGCACUGUAG